CACAGCGGCAGCAGCAACAGCAGCAGCAGCAGCAACAUCAGAGUCAACAUCAACAUCAAUAUCAACAUUACAGCAGCAACAUCCAGCACGUGUGCCCCAAGUGCGUUUUCCAUUUUGAGCACUCGUUUUUUUUCCAAGUGUUACCUUUUUUCUUUUUCGUGUGUGCAAAAGUGCUUGAGCAAAAUACAAAUUCAAACAAAAAAUGUCACAAAAAUAAAGCUAUACUGCGAAAGAAAAGCAAAUCAAAGUGCACAACUGUUAAGUGAAGUGAAGUGAUCGGCGUAGGAACUCUUAAGACCCGGACUAAAACUAAACCAGAAAACUUGUUGCAGGGCCACAGCACAACCCUUAAAAGGUAGAUCCGGAAAAAAAAUAAAUAAAGCGGGGGCGUCGAUUUUGUCAAAGCCAGAUCAAGAAUAACCAAAUGACAAAAUGCCAUAAAAAGCACCUAAGAAAAUAUAUUUAUAAAAAAAACAACAAUUAAUCGCUUUUAUAGAUUGUUAUCAUCGGUUUCCUAUAAGCGAUUCGCUGAUUAAUCGACGGGCCAUGAGUAUUUGUUGUUAAAAAGCAAAAAGAAGUGGCAGGUGAUUAAUGAUGCUGCCGGGGGAAAAGGUUUAAAGGCAGCUCUCCCAAAGGAGAUUUCGAAUGAAAGGGUUUGGUAAGGGAAAAGCAUGUCUAAGGGAAAAAAAAGAAAAACAAAUUUGUGGUUAGAAAAACUAAGCGAAACCAUUCUACAUUUUUUAAUAGUUCAUAAUAACAAUAAGGCAGUACCAAAUAAUACCGAAUAAAUUUAUGAGAUCUAGUUUAGAACUCAGAGUAAUUGUGUAAAAAAUUUAAAACGUAUCAAAAAUUCGUUCUACUUGAGGAACAGAAUGUCAUUCAACAAUUGCAAUUAGAGGCUCAUGCUAAAACCUCAUUAUCAAAAUCUAAAUAAGUUUACAACCUAUUUCAAAGAACAUUUUGUCUGUGCAAUAAACUGCAAUUAUCUAUGUUUGCAGUGGCUUUAAUUUUUCCAGCAAUUUUCAAUUUCUUAUCUUGUCUCCUAAAUUGCUUAUUAACUCAGAUUGCCAAGCGAAAAAACAUGCAGUCAAAGUGGGUUUAACUUGAGCGGGUUUUUUGAUCCCAAUAAACUUCGACCAAAACUUUCGAUGAGUCAAACAAAUCACAAUUGCUAAAAAGCAAACAAAAGAAAGAAAAAAAAACUAGUCCAAGUUUUCAUAUCACUUGCUAUCGUUCGCAACAGCAACAACAAUUAGCGUAAUAAACGCAUAAAGUUUAUAAAAAUGUGUAGAUUCUAGACCCGGAUACCAAAAUCUGAGGGGGGAAUCGGGUGAGGGGGUGUAACAUUUAGUCACCGAGUCGUCCACUUCUGGUGGCUUCUGUUUCUUGUUUCUAAAUGGUUUUUGUUAUUUUGUUUUUUUUGUUUUUAUAGUUUUUCACUUACUUUGCCCUCACUUAGUCAGACAACGAAAUGCGAAAUGCGGCCGUCUGUCUAAGAAUUUUUGGCAGCAAUCAAAAUUAUUAGACGUCGCCCAUAUAGAAAGCCCCCUGAUGGCAAAUGGCAACAACAAUGCCACACAAUGGGCUACGAAAAUUAACACAUUUUGACGAACUUUUGUGCGGCUGGCAAAACAAUUUAAAAAUGUGUCUUUCUACCCCGCAGACAAAAGAAAAUUAGAAAACUAAAUGCGACACCUGCAAUUUAACGAAGUUGGAGUGCUCUUUUGUUUUCUGGGUAUUUCAGUUCGCUGCCAUACACAUACACUUUAAUCAUAAAUUCUUAAACUGAAUAUUAUGAAUAAGGAAAUAAACAAAAUAUCAAGUAUGUUUUAAAUGGAUCUUUUUCUGUAGUAAAAACUAUUUUGAAAUAAAAAUUAUACCUAGAACUCAGCUAAAAUAAACUUGAUUUUUAUGAAGCCUUAGGAUACAUUUUAUUUUAUUUACUUGUAUUCAUUUUAAAAAUCUUAAAUAAAUUCCAGGAUUAGACAAACCUACAAUAAGUUUGGGGUUGCCAAAAUAAAAUGUUGACUAGACCUAUAAUAAAAUUUAACAACACAUUUUUCGAAAGCAUUUGCUUUAAAGUUUGGAAAUUAAAUUAAAUAGCUUGGUGAGAAUAAUUUGCACAUAUAAGUGCCUCACGAAAUUCGCUAAGAGAAUUAUGAAAUAGAAAGUUCCAUACUAAUCCAAUGAAAAAGCCAAGAUGCCCCAAGCCAAAAAAAAAAACAUAAAAAAAACAGACGCAUUCCCGGGUGCGAGAGGAAUUCAUCAAAAUUGAAAUGCUUGUGGGUCUGUUGGCUAAGUGCUCGUGUCGCAUAAUUAACGCAUUCCCUAGUGCAGCUGAACAUAAGUCUGGUAAAUGUUAUAUGGUAUAUGGUAUAUGGUAUCUGGUAUCUCGGAUCUCCUCGGAUCUCGCAGAAAUAUUCUCUGAGGAUGGAUGGGGGUCACAUAAUCAUCAUGUUAGCUUGGCUUAAAAUUCAUUUCGCUGGCAACAGUAUAGCGGCGAACACAAAACCGAAAACACAGAACUUAUUUAUAAAACUGAGCAGUCGAGUGGAUGAAUAUGCCGCUCCUUCUGCCCGCUCCCGUAUUUUAUUUAUUUAUUUUUUUUUUUGUUUUGGGGCCCUGAAACGAACGGAACGAUAAAAAUAAACCAAAAGCCAAACGGCGGACGAGACAAAACUGUUUUUCACCAACAACAAAAAAAAAAAAAGAAAAAAAACAAUACACGCAAAAACACAAAAAGUCACAAAGGUGUAAAAUAUAUUUUGAAAAUGUUGAAUUUCCCUUUUGUUUGCAUUGCGCGUUAAUUUCCACAGAAGCAGAGAUAAAUACAUAAAACGUCCAGAAAUUCAAGAGAAACGGAAGAAAAAAGCUAAGGCUAAAAAGCAAUUAAAACAAAUUGUGCCGUAAGUCAGGUCGGUGGGCUUACAGCCCAGUCCCCCGGAGAAAAGCUCCGAAAUAAAAAAAACAAAAUACAAAAAAAGAAAUCGAGGAACAACCAGGAUCCAAAGGAAACAGGACCCACCGUCCCCAAAAGAAACGCGCGCAAAAAAGGAAACAAAUAAAUUUUAGAAAAAUGUCCCAGGAGAAUACAAAUGGUGGUGCAGCAGGAGCACCAGCACCAGCACCACCGCCACAGUACAUAAUAACCACACCGAGUGAAGUGGAUCCCGACGAGGUGCGCUCCAUGGGCGAUUUGGAGCUGGGAUCCCCCGAAAAGCAGCUGGUGCAGAGCCAGAAGUUCUCCACUUCCAGCAGUAGCUCCACCACCAAGGUGGCCACUCGAUCCUAUUCGAUGAGCAGCAGCACCAGUGGCCUGCAGCAAAUCCAACAACAGCAACAAAAGCAGGAGAAUCUGACCCAACAACAGGUGCAACAGAAGAUCAUAUCCAGUUCGACACGCAGCCAGAGUCUGCAGUCGAGUACGAUUGUGGGCGAGGCCACCACCAUUUCGACCGGAGCCACCCAAAUGCUGACCUCGGCGGCAGCGGCAUCCCUGGCCCAACAGCUGAAGGCCCAGAGCUCCACCUCGAUCAUCACCAGCAGCGAGCAGCGGACCAGCACGAGCACCAGCAGCAGCAGCAGCACCCGGUUCAUAGCCAGUGGCUCGAGCAAUCUGGCAGGGAACUCCAAUUCGGGCAGCAACUCCAGCAGCAAGACCCGCUUCCAGAGUUUCCUCCAGCAGCCGGAGGGCAAUCAUGGAUUCCUCACUGCCCACCAGAAGCAUGUGCGGCAGUUUGUGCGCUCCACAUCGGCGCAUUCGGAGGCAGCGGCCGGAGUGACCGGUUCGGGAUCGGGAGGAUCUUCGAGGCCGGAGAAGUGCAUCCGGAGUGCAUCCACGCAGAUCGAUGAUCCCAGCAGCAGCAGUGGAGUGGGACACGGUGUGGAUGCCUCCACGGGCAGCCUGGUGGACAGCUCGGCCACCGGCGGAUCCAUGCAGCUGUCGAUGAGCAAGCUCGGCCUGCAGCAGUCGUCCUCCAUACUGAUCUCCAAGUCGGCGGAGACCAUCGAGAUGAAGAGCAGCUCCUCGUCGGCUGGGAUGCGCACCCAGUUGACCCUGAGUGGGGGAUUCCUGGCACCGCCGGGCAGCCGGAAGAUCACCAUCUUGAGUCCCAUCCAUGCGCCGCCGGGCCUGCAUGAUAUGCUCAAAAGGGCUCAAGGACGCUCGCCACUCUCGCCCAGGAUCAGCUUCCCAGGCAGCGAUUCGGACCUCUUUGGUUUCGAUGUAGAAAAUGGCCAGGGCGCUCGAUCACCGCUCGAGGGCGGCUCUCCCAGCGCCGGUUUGGUUCUACAGAAUUUGCCGCAGCGUCGCGAAUCGUUUCUAUAUCGCUCCGAUUCCGACUUUGAGAUGUCGCCCAAGUCCAUGUCCCGAAACUCAAGCAUCGCUAGCGAAAGGUUUAAAGAACAGGAAGCCUCUAUACUCGUUGACCGAUCCCAUGGCGAGGAUCUCAUUGUGACGCCUUUCGCCCAAAUUUUAGCCAGCUUACGUUCAGUGCGCAACAAUUUAUUAAGUCUGACAAAUGUUCCAGCAUCAAACAAAUCCAGGCGGCCCAACCAAUCCUCGUCGGCCUCCCGAUCGGGCAACCCCCCGGGGGCCCCGCUCUCCCAGGGCGAGGAGGCCUACACCCGCCUGGCCACCGACACCAUCGAGGAGCUGGACUGGUGCCUCGACCAGCUGGAGACCAUCCAGACCCAUCGCAGCGUCUCCGACAUGGCCUCGCUCAAGUUCAAACGCAUGCUCAACAAGGAGCUGUCACACUUCAGCGAGUCCAGCAGAUCGGGAAAUCAGAUUUCAGAAUACAUUUGUUCCACAUUUUUGGACAAGCAGCAGGAGUUCGACUUGCCGUCGCUGCGCGUGGAGGAUAAUCCGGAGCUGGUGGCCGCCAACGCCGCCGCCGGCCAGCAGUCCGCCGGACAGUACGCCCGCUCCCGCUCGCCCCGCGGCCCGCCCAUGUCGCAGAUCAGCGGCGUGAAGCGGCCCCUGUCGCACACCAACAGCUUCACCGGCGAACGGCUGCCCACCUUCGGGGUGGAGACGCCCAGGGAGAACGAGCUGGGCACGCUCCUCGGCGAACUGGACACCUGGGGCAUCCAGAUAUUUAGCAUCGGCGAGUUCAGCGUCAACCGCCCGCUCACCUGUGUGGCAUACACCAUAUUUCAGAGUAGAGAAUUACUGACCAGUCUUAUGAUACCACCGAAAACUUUUCUUAACUUUAUGACUACUCUGGAGGACCACUACGUCAAAGACAAUCCGUUUCACAAUUCGCUCCACGCCGCGGACGUGACCCAGAGCACCAAUGUGCUACUCAAUACACCGGCGCUGGAGGGCGUAUUCACACCGCUCGAGGUGGGCGGGGCACUGUUCGCCGCUUGCAUCCACGAUGUUGAUCAUCCCGGCUUAACCAACCAGUUCUUGGUUAACUCAAGUUCCGAACUAGCAUUAAUGUACAAUGACGAAUCUGUUUUGGAAAAUCAUCAUUUAGCUGUUGCCUUUAAAUUAUUGCAAAAUCAAGGAUGUGAUAUAUUCUGUAAUAUGCAAAAGAAACAACGCCAAACAUUGAGGAAAAUGGUUAUUGAUAUUGUGCUGUCCACGGACAUGUCCAAGCACAUGAGUUUGCUGGCCGACCUGAAGACAAUGGUGGAAACCAAGAAGGUAGCCGGCUCUGGAGUCCUGCUGCUGGACAAUUACACCGAUCGCAUACAGGUGCUCGAGAAUCUGGUGCAUUGCGCCGAUCUGAGCAAUCCCACCAAGCCGCUGCCGCUUUACAAGCGUUGGGUGGCGCUCCUAAUGGAGGAGUUCUUCCUACAGGGCGACAAGGAACGCGAGAACGGAAUGGACAUUAGCCCCAUGUGCGAUCGCCACAAUGCCACGAUCGAGAAGUCACAGGUGGGCUUCAUCGACUACAUCGUCCACCCACUUUGGGAGACCUGGGCGGACCUGGUGCACCCGGAUGCCCAGGACAUACUCGACACGCUUGAAGAGAACAGAGACUACUACCAGAGCAUGAUACCGCCCUCCCCUCCGCCGUCGGGGGUCGAUGAGAAUCCGCAGGAGGACAGGAUACGCUUUCAAGUAACCCUGGAGGAGUCCGACCAGGAGAACCUCGCCGAACUGGAGGAGGGCGACGAGAGCGGUGGCGAGAGCACCACCACCGGCACCACUGGAACCACCGCCGCCUCCGCGCUGGGCGGGGCUGGGGGCGGUGGCGGUGCCGGCGGGGGCGUGGCACCCAGGACGGGUGGCUGCCAAAACCAACAGCAACACGGUGGAAUGUGACGGAGAGUCGUGGGAAUUUAUCGCAAAUUACAGGAAAAGGCUCACAACUUUUUCCUAUUACGUUAGUGACUACUAUUAACACAAAAACCAAACAAAAACCAAAAACGAAAAACAACAAAAAAAAAACAAAGAAAAACUCUUGGAAAAAUGCAAAAAAAAAAAAAAAAAAAAAAACCAAAAAGCCAAGUAAAGAAAUAUUAAACAGAUGUUUAAAGCAUACAAAAAAUCCAAACAGCAAUAGCAAAAGUACCGUUUAACUUAUAAAGCCUAGAGAAAAACGAAAAAAGAAAAUUAGAAAUUUACUUAAUGGAAAACCGAGAUUGAUGUUGAAUACACUGAAAAAAAAGGAGAAGGAGAAGAGCUAACUAAGAGAAAUCUUAUAUAUUGUUAAACACACACAAACUAAAUCCAAGACAAAGCAAAGAUAAUGAGAAACCCCAUUGAUAAGUAAUACUAAGAAGAUACCAAAACUCCCUCCCCUUUUAACCCAAAAAAAACACCCCCCAUUAUAUAGACGAUUUUUGUUGCAUGUGUAGGCAAAUGAUUUUUGUUAAAUUCAUCUGGAGUAGAACUUCAAUCGGAGGACACCCCUUACCCAAGUCUCCUCUUUUAAACCAUUGACUAAAGUGAAAUAUUUAACAAAGAAAAAACAAACGGAAAGGAAUAAUUAAUACGAUUUAGCUUAAGAAAAGUUUUUAAGUUUUUAAUGUUAUGCAUGCCCGAACAGAUUUAUUUUACUCGAUUGAUAACGUUAGAUCUAACUGAUAACCCAUAAACGAUAACAGCAACACAUAUGGAGUUUUUUAUGAUUUAGACCCCAAGCGAGAGAAGCGAAAAAAACAACCCUGUAAAGUGUAAGAACCCAGUGAAUUAAACCAAAAUUGAAAGCAACCUGAGUUGAAACCAUUUAAAUCUAAAUCUAAAUCCCCGACCCAAACCACAAACAACAAAACAAAAAAGUAAGGAAACAGUCUACAGCCAGACUGUAGUUGUAUAGUAAUAUAUAUGAUAUAAAUAUUUUUUUUUUAAUAUUAUUUGUAAAUAAUUUAAAUGUUGGACUCGAAUUUAAAUCAAGCAGCUAGCAAAUGUUGCAGCUAAACUAAAACUAAAAUGAAAACAAAGCCAAAAACACACAUAAAUAAGGAAGUAUGAGAAGAGAUGAGAAAAGGAGUCAAAGAAAAAAACUAUUGUACACCUAGAUAAAGAAUUUCCAUUUCAAUUUUAAAUUUGAAUUGCAAUUUAAUUUGCUUCCAGUGAAAGAAAGAGAAAGGAGAGGAAAAUAGAGAGAGAGAAACCGAAAAUAAUGUCAAACGCUGUCUUCGCAAAUAUUUUUCGCUAUAUAUUACUUAUAUCAUUAUUUACUAGUUACUAAGCUACUUACUGAACCACACAAUUUAGAAACGAAAGAGACAAGACAACCGGACGAGAAAGAGAGGGAGCAUUGAUGAAUUUAGUGAACAAACUUAACUGGCGAGAUACACACAAUUUACAAACCACAAACCACCAGAAAAGACUCUUCAAGCACAAGCAAUUUUUAGUUUUCCAAAUGCAAAACCAAAGCAACGCAAAACAAACACACAAAAAAACACAAUAUAUAUACCGAAAAAGUCAUUGGCUAUAAUACGAUUAUUUAUACCUUAUAUAUAUACUAUAUGCAUAUUGUAAAGUCACGAUACUGGCGCUGGUGCGCGGAUCGAUCAAUGUGGCAGGCCAAAUUCUAAACGCGCAUAAUUUAACUAUUGUUUAAUAUUAUGUUUUAUUGUUAUUAAUUUAUUACCCAAAAACAUUAUUUUUUUCAGACCUAGUGCUAUACUAUUUCUUUUUUGUGUUAAAGCGGGCAGGAUCCGCGCAUAAAAUAGUGUUUUUUUUUAACAAAUAUAUAUGAUAUGAUAUGUGAAUGAAAUGUAAUGAAAUGAAAUGGAACCUUGAUGGUCUAAAAAUAUCAUAAAACAAAAAAACGAGCAGAGAAGUUGAAGAACAAGAUACUUUAUAGCAAUUUAAGCAGCAUUGUAAAUGUGCGCUUCAGAUUUACUUUUUUCGAAACUUAACCAACCUUCAGCAAAUACAACAAGAUAUAUUACCUACAUACAUAUAUUAUUAAUUAAACCAUAGUUGCGAAAAAAACAAAAAUGACGGCAAGUCCAUGGCAAACUUAAACAAAAAAAAAAAAAAACAAAAAGCUACUUUAACAAAUUGAGUGAAAUAAAUAAAAGAAAGAAAAACAAAAAAAAAACAAACAAAACCAAAUGACUUUUUUCUCCUCUCACAAAAAGAAACCGAAGAAAAUGAACUACUAUAUAUUGUAUUUGUAACACGAAUUUCCCUGCGAGUGAAGUCUUUCCGUAGAACCAUAGAGCCGGAAAAAAAUAAAUCUAGAGAGAUUCCCCAACAGAGAUACUGGUACAAGUGUAGCUAUACGAUUAUGUAAUUUACCAGAGUAUUAACCGAACAUUUACACUUAUAUACUAGGCAUAUAUGCAGUAACGGACAUUUGAUGUAUACUCGAGUUGAAACUUAACCUAACCAGAUGUUGUACGUGUAUGUGUAAUUCGAAGAACUUAAAGUCCAAGCCCCCAGUAAAAAUCAUCCGGAGAAAGAGCCCCCAUAAGAAAAAGCAAUUUAUAGUUAAAAAUCGAAAAGUAUCUAAAUGUAAUUGUUAGAAACAUGCCAAGCAAAACCGAAUGAUACCAGCAAGUUAUAUAGGCAUCUAUCUAUAUCCUGUAUCCUUAGCCCCACUCAAUUUUUGACUGAAAUUGAAACGUCUAGUAGAGGCACUCGAUGCGAAUUGCUCCCCCCUGUAUUUUUGUCUGAUUUUCCCCUAUUGACGUGCCGCCAAUUAUAUCAGUGUAUAUAACUAUUUAAAUACAGAAUAUAAAAACAAAAUAUUUAACGCAAAUAAAUAUUUAUAUGGGUAACGAGAGAUCAGCAUUUGUAGCACAGGUUGGCCAAAUUUUUUGGGAAUUAAGAGACAAGUUGCCGAAGGAAAACCAAAUGAAAAACUGUUUGUUUGUGCUGUUAGCCGUAAAUGAGAACUUUUUUUUUUGAGAUAACUUAAUAACUAUACAUAAAAAUAUAUAUUACGUAUUACAUGUAUCUAUAACUAUAUAAAGCAGGCGACAACAAAAAAAAGAAAACAAGAUACCAACAACUUGGCAAAAUACCAAAAACACAAAAAAUACCAAAAAAUAAAAAGAAGAGAGAGAAAAUAAUACAAACGAUAUUGAAAUGGCAAGUUUUUGUACUAUAAUGAAAUGAGAAAACACCAAAGACGAAAGCAAAACAAAAAAAAAGAAUGAAACCAAACACAAAACAAAAUAUACAAAAACUAUACUGAGAAGAUACUAAAAAAGAUACCAUAAAAUGUGCGCUGGCGACGACGGUUGUUAGAAAAAAGCAUGCCACUUGAAAUGCCGAAGUUGAACGAGUCCUUUCGUAUCGCAAAUCGGCAUUUCAAUCGUGUGGAGAAUCGGGAGAUAUUAUAUACAUAUAGAUCACGUAACGCUGGCGUUACUGGGCAAACAGUUAGGCAUUUUUUUUUGGAAAUUUAUACAAUUACAUUUACAAGGAGCUCACCCAGAACAACAACAACAACUACAGAGGAAACACACACACACAAAAGAAGACACACACACAGAAGCGAAAAGGGAAAGCGAUUAGCUGGGUCAAAAUUCUGGGGAUUUCGAACGGAGAAUACUGAAAGGCCAGAAAUAUGGAACAAAUGAAAGCAGAAAAUCGACUAAUUAUUUACCAUAGAGGGCUUACCCAGGCUAAGUCACCCAAAAAAUAUAUAGUUACGAGCUGGUUUUCGUUGAUUCGUUAUUGUUUCGGUUAUGUUUCGCCUCCCUCAUUAUGUAGUUAUGUAUGUGAAAAACGUAAUCAUUUAUGAAAUUAAUGAAAAUCUACCCUCAAAACCAAAAGUCAAAUACAUAAUUGCAUGCAAAUGAGUAAGUAACAUUAAUAAAAUAUAAGAACAAAAGUCACUCUGUUUGGCAUUAAACAAGACCGCAUGGCAAAUGAUAAAUGAUAACACAUUGAGCAGAUGGCAUUAUGAACAGAUUUGAAUGAGUAUGGAAUAUAAACGAGAAAUGAAAAUGAAAAAUAAAUGAAUCUAAAUAAAUGAAAAGAUAAUAUUUAAAAAUA